AUGGAGCAUUCCUACAAAAGUAACUCUGGCGACUCGACAAAGCCUGGACCCUGCUCCGGGGACCCCACAAUCCCCGGGUCCCGUUGUGGGGACUCAACAAAACCAGGGUCUCCCUUGGACCCUGAAAUAGGAGACACCAAGCUCGGACCCGAGAAAUUUACCCUUGUGGACUGGGAAGGCCCUAAUGAUCCCACCAAGCCCGUUAAUUGGUCCUUUACGAGGAAAUGGUCCAUUGUCGUCACCACUUCGCUUUGCACUUUCAUGGUAUCCUUCGGUAGUAGUGUCUACUCAGCCGCUAUCUCCCAAGUGCAACAACAACUCCAUGUCUCGGCGACUACCGCACGGCUAGGAAUUUCCUUGUGCGUACUGGGGUUCGCUUUUGGGCCCUUGAUAUGGGGUCCUGCAUCUGAAUUGUAUGGGAAGACCCGGCCCUUAUGGAUUGGAUACUUUGGUUUCUGCUUAUGCCAGAUACCCUGUGCACUCUCCACGGACAUCUACAUGCUCCUGGUCUUUCGCUUGCUGGCAGGUUUGGCGGGAUCCGCGAUGCUAGCUAUCUUGGGAGGUAUGUACGUCGAUAUCUUGCUACACCCAACAGAGCGCGGUAUCUCUACAGCUAUCUUCAGCCUCGGAACGUUUUGCGGUCCUGCAGCCGGUCCAAUUAUCGGUAAUCUCUUAACGGUAAAGCUCAACUGGAGAUGGACAGCUUGGAUCACAUUCAUUGGAUCAUUGGUCUUUGGAGCUCUCGCAUUUUCGGUCACUGGCGAGACAUCCGAGGCCGUCAUUCUAAGGUGGAAAACCCAGAGACUCUACAAGGAUGCACAAAACGAUCAGAUUCGUGCACAGAUCAAAGACUCCAACCCGAAUCUUUCUAUCUUCGUUCGAAAGUAUUUGACGAAGCCAGUCAAGAUGUUCUUUUGGGAACCGAUCCUAGUCUUCUUCACAGCAUAUAUGAGCCUCGUCUAUGGGAUUAUUUACUUGACAUUCACACUGUAUCCAAUUGCCUUCGUUGGAUAUCGCGGAUGGGAUCCAAUCAAAGGAAGUCUGCCCUUCCUCGGUAUAUUAUUGGGUGUGAUCCUGGCUUGUGUUCAACUAGCCUUUCACAGUAUCUGUUAUGUGGGACCCAAAUUCGCGCAAACUCAGCACCACGUGGCAGAAAGGAGGUUACCUCCAAUGAUUCUCGGAUCAUUUCUUCUACCUGCAGGCUAUAAGCUAGGGAUUUUCUGGUUUAGCUGGACAUCCGACCCACAUUUCUCGUGGGUUCCUCAAGUACUUUCGGGUGUCUUCAUUGGCUGUGGCUCAAUUCUAGUCUUUAUGUCUGGUGUUGUUUACCUAAUCGAGGUAUACCUUGCGCAUUCAAACAGUGCGUUGGCCGUCAACAAUCUUGUACGCUCAGCUUUUGCAGCAUCUUUUCCCCUUUUCACAAUAGAACUCCUGAUAAAAUCUGGGAUCAGAGUAGGAGGCUCUAUCUUGGGUGGUAUCUGCGUGGCUCUCAUUCCUUUCCCACUGAUUUUUUGGGCGCUUGGUCAUAGGAUCAGAGAUUGGUCUAAGUUUGCGGUCUAUGAGUCCAAAUGA